AUGGAACAGAGUGAUGAAUUUCCAAAUGUGAUGGAGCAACGCCAGCUUUGUCUCGCCGCCGGUGCGAGGCUGAGGCUCCGAGCCCCAGCUGCGUGGAGCUGGGGGCCGGCGUGGGAAGCUCCGCCGAGCCACCGCCGCCGCCGGGGUUGCCUGCAACCUGAGCGUGCCAUUAGAGCCCGGGGAGCUGCUUUUCCGGGUUCCCCUGGACGGACUUGGAUCCUGCUGCCCGCCGAGGCAGGAAGUGAGUUUCGCACGGUAAUUCCGGGAGGUGUCACGAGUGAAAAGUUUUUUGUUUGUUUUUUUUUUCUUCCCCCUUUGGGUCCCCUCCCCUCGCGGAGAUCCAAGUCCGGGGCCGGGAAAGUCCUGCCAAACUCGACACCCGGAAGCCGGCCCGCAUCCCAGCCCCCACCGAAGCCACCUACUGCUCCUACCGCGGGAGGCCACCCCACAUCCGCUCUCACCGGACGGGGCGCGAGGUUCGGCGGGAGCCUGCGGGACGCAGGGAGGAGAGGAAAUCAUGUCCGGCGGAGCCCUGCGCCAGCGGCCCUGAGACGCUGCCCGGCCGAAAGGAUGCUGGCUCAACUAGGAAACAUCAGGGAGAUAAAAUCAAUCCAGAGGCUUCCUGAUGGAUUUUCUCAGCUGUUAAACCUAACGCAGUUAUAUCUGAAUGAUGCUUUCCUUGAGUUCUUGCCAGCUAAUUUUGGCAGAUUAACAAAACUCCAAAUAUUAGAGCUUAGAGAAAAUCAGUUGAAAAUGCUCCCAAAAACCAUGAAUAGACUGACUCAGCUGGAAAGACUAGAUUUAGGAAGUAAUGAAUUCACAGAAGUGCCAGAAGUACUUGAGCAGCUGAGUGGAUUAAAAGAAUUUUGGAUGGAUGGUAAUAGACUGACUUUUAUUCCAGGGUUUAUUGGUAGUUUGAAGCAGCUCAAAUAUUUGGAUGUUUCUAAGAACAAUAUUGAAAUUGUUGAAGAAGGAAUUUCAGGAUGUGAAAACCUUCAAGACCUCCUAUUAUCAAGCAAUUCACUUCAACAAUUGCCUGAGACUAUUGGUUCUUUGAAGAAUGUCACUACUCUUAAAAUAGAUGAAAACCAACUAAUGUAUUUACCAGAUUCUAUAGGAGGGUUAACAUCAAUAGAUGAACUCGAUUGUAGUUUUAAUGAAGUUGAAGCUUUGCCUUCAUCUAUUGGACAGCUUACUAAUAUAAGAACUUUUGCUGCGGAUCAUAAUUAUUUACAACAGUUACCACCAGAGAUUGGGAAUUGGAAAAAUAUAACUGUGCUGUUUCUUCAUUCUAAUAAACUUGAGACACUUCCAGAGGAAAUGGGUGAUAUGCAAAAAUUAAAAGUCAUUAAUUUAAGUGACAAUAGAUUAAAGAAUUUGCCCUUUAGCUUUACAAAGCUACAGCAAUUGACUGCUAUGUGGCUCUCAGAUAAUCAGUCCAAACCCCUGAUACCUCUUCAAAAAGAGACUGAUUCCGAGACCCAGAAAAUGGUGCUUACUAACUACAUGUUUCCCCAGCAGCCAAGGACUGAGGAUGUUAUGUUUAUAUCAGAUAAUGAAAGUUUUAAUCCUUCAUUAUGGGAGGAACAGAGGAAACAGCGGGCUCAAGUAGCAUUUGAAUGUGAUGAAGACAAAGAUGAAAGAGAGGCACCUUGCAGGGAAGGAAAUUUAAAGAGAUAUCCAACACCAUAUCCAGAUGAACUUAAGAAUAUGGUCAAAACUGUUCAAACCAUUGUACAUAGAUUGAAGGAUGAAGAAACGAAUGAAGACUCUGGGAAAGAUUUGAAACCACAUGAAGAUCAGCAAGUUGUAAAUAAAGAUGUGGGCAUGAAGACUUCAGAAAGUACCUCUCUGGUAAAAAGUAAAGCUGAGGAAAGAGAAAAGUAUAUGACCGGAAGUUCGGUACAGAAGAUCAAUGACCUUGAAGUUGAGGUCAGUCCUGUGGCUCAUGUGAAAGUCUCUGAGAAUCUGAAGCAUAUUGUGAACCACAUUGAUGCUUUUGAGGAAUCUGAAGAACUUUCUUCUGAUGAAGAGAUGAAAAUGGCAGAGAUGCGACCACCAUUAAUUGAAACCUCUAUUAACCAGCCAAAAGUGGUAGCCCUGAGUAAUAACAAAAAAGAUGAUACAAAGGACGCAGAUUCUCUGUCAGAUGAAGCUACACACAACAGCAAUCAGAAUAAUAGCAACUGUUCUUCUCCAUCUCGAAUGUCUGAUUCAGUAUCUCUUAAUACUGAUAGCAGCCAAGACACUUCACUCUGCUCUCCAGUGAAAGAAACUCGCAUUGGUAUUAAUUCUAAAGUCAGGAAAGAAGAUGAUAAUUUUAAUAGCCUUUUGCACAAUGGAGACAUUUUGAAUAGUUCAACAGAAGAAAAAUUCAAGAUCCACGAUAGAAAAGAUCUUAACCUCCCUGAAUUUGAUUUAAACGUUGAAGAGCGAUUGGUUCUAAUUGAGAAAGGUGUUGAUUCAACAGCCACAUCUGAUGAGUCUCACAAAUUAGACCAUAUCAAUAUGAAUCUUAAUAAACUAGUAAUGAAUGAUACAUUUCAGCCAGAGAUCGUGGAAAGAUCAAAGACACAGGAUAUAGUCCUUGGAAUGGGGUUUUUAAACAUAAAUGCUAAAGAAGAAGUUGAGCACUUGGAAAAUGGAAACACGUAUUCUAAUCUGGAGUCCAUAAAUAAGGUAAAUGGGCAUUCUGAGGAAGCGUCGCAGUCUCCCGGAAGGACUGAACUAUUUGACACAGAUUCUUCUGUUGACAUGGGUCUUUCCAAAAGCACUGAAGAUCUCUCCCCACAGAGAAGUGGAUCAAUUGGGCCUGUUGUGAAAUCUCAUAGCAUAACUAAUAUGGAGACUGGAAGACUAAAAAUCUAUGACAUUCUUAGUGAUGACGGACCUCAGCAGCCAAGUGCAACAAUUAAAGUAACAUCUGUUGAUGGAAAAAACAUAGUCCGGAGCAAAUCGGCCACACUUUUGUAUGAUCAACCUUUACAAGUAUUUACAGGUUCUUCUUCAUCUUCUGAUUUAGUAUCAGGCACAAAGGCAGUUUUCAAGUUUGACUCAAAUCAUAAUCCAGAAGAGCCAAAUAUUAUAAGAGGCCCCACAGCAUGUGGCCCACAGUCUAUGCCUCAGAUAUAUGGGCCUCCACAGUAUAACAUUCAGUACAGUAGUUGUAAUAGUAGUGCUGCAGCCAAAGAUACUUUGUGGCACUCCAAACAAAAUCCCCAAGUAGAUCAUGCCGGUUUCCCUCCUCAGCGCCUUCCUAGAUCAGAAAGCACAGAAAGUCACAAUUAUGCUAAACAUUCUGCAAAUAUGAAUUUCUCUAAUCACAAUAAUGCCCGUGCUAAUACUUCAUACCAUUUACAUCAGAGACUUGGUCCAGCAAGACAUGGGGAGAUGUGGGCUGUCUCACCCAAUGACCGGCUCAAUCCUGGAUUAACUCGGCCCACAAUUCAGCGACAGAGUAGUGUGUCCUCCACAGCCUCGGUAAACCCUGGUGAUCCUGGUCCCAACAGGAGGGCCCAGAUUCCUGAAGGUGAUUAUUUAUCAUACAGGGACCUGCAUUCAGUGGGCAGAACACCACCCAUGCUAUCAGGAUCACAGAGACCUCUUUCUGCACGAACAUACAGCAUUGAUGGUCCAAAUGCCCCAAGGCCUCAGAGUGCUCGACCCUCUGUCACAGAAAUACCAGAGAGAACUAUGUCAGUUAGUGAUUUCAGUUAUUCACGGACUAGUCCUUCCAAAAGACCAAAUGCCAGGGUUGGUUCCGAGCAUUCUUUAUUAGAUCCUCCAGGAAAAAGUAAAGUCCCUCCUGAUUGGCGAGAACAAGUACUCCGACACAUUGAGGCCAAAAAGCUGGAAAAGAGCAUGCUGUCAAGGUCCUUUAAUUCCAAUUUCACUGCUGUAAGCAGCUUUCACUAUGGCAGCUCUAGGGAUCUGCAUGGCAGCCAGGGCAGCCUUGCCUUGAGUGUUGCAGACGGAAGAGGUUCUGGUGGGCACAUUUUCCGAACUCCCCAGACCUCCGGUCCAGGAGAUCCUUGUCAAGAUGAUGUGUUCAUUUCAGGACAGCAGAUCUACUCGUCUGCUACACUUAGUCACAAAGAUGUUCCUCCAGACACCUUGAUGAAAAUGCCUUUGAGUAAUGGACAGAUGGGCCAGCCUCUCAGGCCUAAGGCAAAUUAUAGUCAAAUCCAUCACCCCCCUCCUCAGGCAUCUGUGGCAAGGCAUCCCUCUAGAGAACAACUAAUUGAUUACUUGAUGCUGAAAGUGGCCCACCAGCCUCCAUAUACACAGCCCCAUUGCACUCCUAGACAAGGCCAUGAACUGGCAAAGCAAGAGGUAAGAAUAAACAAGGCUAUUUAAAAUAUGAGACUAAGUUUUUACUGUU